CACUGUCCCAUCUCACAUAAAAUACCACAAAAUGGCUGACGAAGAAGUUGACUGGGGAUUCGACGAACAGGAAGACGAAUGGCGAGGUGCAGGCCCAGCAGAGAACGACAACGCUGCACGAGCGGACGACGAUGUCAUCUCUCUCGAAGGCGCUGAAGAUGCUGAAGACGCCAGACGUGCAGCUUCUCCUGGCAGAAAGUCCAACGCCAACGGCAGACAGCCGCCUACUGGCCCUUCAUCAAAAAAUCCUCCAACGGGACCUAGACGCGGCCGCGUAGACACUCGUGCUCGUCCCGACAGCGCGGGCAACGCUACCAUAGUCCCCUCUGGACCCCGUGGUGACUCUAGAGCGAACAUCGACGACAAUAAGGCAUCAACACGUAACAAUGGUCAAGCAAAUAAUGUGCGAGAGGAUUCUCCUCCUCUUCCCCCAGGAUGGACGGCGGUGAUGUCAAAAUCACACAACCGCCCAUUCUAUUACCACAAAGAAUCUAACCGUACCGUUUGGGAAAAGCCCACCUUGCCUGUUGAGCAGCUUCAGGAAACUGAGCCUCUUACACCCGCUAGCCAAUCAGAGCCUGCCCCUGCCGAGAUUCAACGCAAAGCUGAGAUCAAACAGACUGAGAAACGUGUUCCUAGCGGUCCUGCAGCUCAGACUGCCGCUGCCGUAGCUGCUGAUACUAGCGCCAACGAGGGUAACCGCAACAUUGCUUCAGCGUAUGCCCGCCGUAACGCUGCUCCUCAUGCACCUGCUCCUAGCUCUGGUUCCAUCGGGCCCAACCCGCCCCAACAACAACAACAACAGCAGCAGCAGCAGCGUCGAAUCCGCGCUCGGUCUCCGCCUCCUCACAUGCGAAGUCGACUUGGACCGGGUCAUGACGACGGUAACGAUCCAAAGAGGUUCAAGCAUGAAGACGGUGGCAGAAGGACGCCGCCUCAUGCAGCCCCGCAGGGUGAUUACAGACGUCCCGCUCCAAUGAGCUACCCUUCUCGCGGACAAGUCCCUCAAAACGUAACUCCAACUGGUCCCGCCGCUGGACGAUACGACGGUCCUCGUGAUAGGUAUGACCGAUCCGGUCCGGCGCCUCUUCUUUCAAGAGGCCCUAUUGGACCUCCUCCCGACGCUAGAGGAUUUGACCGUAGACAUCCCGAAUCUCGACCUCCUCCACGUGCUGCCGCACCAGAUAUCGUCAAGGGCGCCAACUCUGCGCCUAUCACCAACAACCGGUGGGGUCAGUCCACUGGCCCUACCACCCCUUCCACCUCUACUCCCCUCCAUUCAUCUCUCCCUUCUGCCCCCAUCCCUGCUCCUAUCGGUGGCGGCGGUGGUGGUCGUCGAGACGUGCGUGACCAUGAGAGUGACUACAACCCUCGUCCUUACCCUCCCCCCGUUACUGCGCCUGCACCUGCACCUCCUGCCGUUUCAGGCGCAUACGAUGAAACUCCCGAGGCUAAGCGUCAAAGGUUGAGGGAAGAAGCGCGCAAGGCAGAGGAAGUGUUGUUGAAGGUAAAGGAAGAAGAGGCGAGAUUGGAGGAGGAAGAGAGAAGACGAGCGGAGAGGGAACGGGAGGAGAAGGAGCGUGAAGAGCGAGGUAGGGUCGAACGUGAGCGCGAGAGGUUGAGACAGCUUGAUUUCGAGCGCGAUCGUGAUUUCCGCGAAAGAGAUUUCCGCGAGCGCGACAUGCGUGACCGAGACUUUGACCGUCGUGGACCUCCACCCCCUCUUCCUCGUGGUGGUGAGAGAGACCGAUUCGACCCUAUCCGACGAAAUGAAGAAGACCGUCGUCGCCCUGGAGACGCCCGUAUGUUCCCCCGAGAUGACCGCGAUGGCCGUGAGCGUCGACGUGGUCCCCCCGGUCCCGGACCUGACAACUUGGGCCCGCCUUCCGACUAUCCCGAACCUCUUAGUCGCGGCGGCGGCGGCAGCGUGCCCAUGCGAGAUCGUCUUGGUCCCCGUGAUCGAGACCAGCGAAACAUGCGCGACCGCGACAUGGAUCGUGGUGGUCCUCCCAUACGUCGACCCCUUUCUCCGCCACCAUUCCGCCGAUCCCCCCAACCUCUCCGAGGUCCUCCCGGUCGAUCCCCUCCACCUCCGUUCGGCGGCCCUGGCCCCUUUCCUCCUCGUGACAGGGACCCUCGAAACAGAGAUUACCCUCUUCCUCCUCCUGGACGUGGUGGUGACCCUGGUUUGGCGGGGCCGGCCCCUAAGGAUUUGUUGUUCAGGUUGGGCAGGAGAGUCGAUAAUCAGUUGGCGGAACCCAUGUCUGCUGGUGCCAAAUUUGACCGAGAUGACAGACGCGACCGGGACAGGCGUGGCCCUCCUCCUGGACAGGGAAGGCCUUUGGCCGAGAGAAUGUCGGCAGGGUCUACUCCUAAUGGUGGAAAGGGUGGCGGAAGAAGGCGAGGAAGGGGAGGCGGCAAUGUUGGUGCAGGCGGUCGCAGUAACGGCGGUAACGAAGGAAACGGUCGUGGUAACGGUGGCAGUGAUGGAAAUGACGGUGGUGAUGAGGAUGGAGAACGACGUUAAAUUGCAAGCAUAAGAUUGAAACAGAAAAAAAAAGUGUUCAUAAGGAUAGUUGGUUGAAAAGAUGAUCCGAUGGAUGUUACAAGGCCUUUGGUUAGAAUCUCGACCGCAUGUAGAUUGCUCCGUCACGACCUGGCCUU